GGUAUAUACAUAUAUUUAAAAUUUUUUUGACAUUUAUAUUAUUAACUGGUGAUAGUGUGACAUUAAAGUGAACAACAAAUACAUAAUUGCAAUUUUUAAAUAAUAUAAACACCAAUAAUUUUAAAAAACUUUUAGUCUAACUUUCGAAACAAUAACUCUAACCUAAACAUCUUUAUUAUUGAAAAAAUUUUAUAAUUCUGUUAAAAUUGAUAUGUUGAUUAAUUUACUAUAAAAUAUAUAUUACAUUGUUAUUAAUAAUAAACAAAUAUAGGUUCACGUGUACUAUAAUUAAUUUCUAAGAUGAAAGACUCAACGAAUAAUUCAUCAGAAAUGGAGAAUAAAUCAGUUCAAGGAAACGGAGAGACAUCACCUAACGAGGAACCUGGUGCUAAACAAAAAUUGAGGUCAUGGCUAAAUCGAUAUUUACGAGUGAAAAUAACAGAUGGUCGUGUAUUAACUGGAGCAUUUUUAUGUACUGACAGAGAUGCUAAUGUAAUUCUCGGUUGUUGUGAAGAAUUCUUGUCGGAAGAGCACACAGAACCACGAGCUCUUGGUUUAGUUAUGGUACCACGCCGUCACAUUGUGUCAAUUCAUAUAAGUGAUUGGCAUAGUGAAGAUGUUUUGUCAACAAAAAAACGAUGUUCCUCCAAUAGCGAAUAAAUAGACUUUUUAUCCUUCAUUUUACUGUCGCCGUUAAUAAUUAAUCAUACUUUUGGUGAUUCCUCAUCGAACAAUAUUAAGUAUUGUCUAAUCUAAAUGUGUUGGUACAUUGAUUCGGCAGUUUUUUUUGUCAAAAAAAGAAAAUAUUCACUAAUUUCAGCUGCUAAGUGAUUAAAAUUAUUAUAAAUAUAUAAGAGUAAGAAGUAAGAUAAGAUGAACGCUUAUUUACAAAUUAUUGUCUUGCCUUUCGGUAACACAUUUCUCUUGUAAAUUAUUAUACUCUUUCUCUAAGAGGUUGUUAUCGCGAAUUUCUCGGUCUUUGUGUUUAAGAGCAUCAUCCAUUCUUUCACACAGAGUCAUCGCUAAGUUUUCCAUUCCUGCUGAAUUACUCACUACUGAUGCUGCUUCAACCAUUCUUUGUACAUAAUCCAUGUAUAUUAAUAAAUCCUAUAAAAUUGUUCAAUAUUAAA